CUUCGGUCACUCUAUUUUAUUUGUAUUUUUAAUUUAGUGAGUGACUGGUAAACUGGCGGUUGUUUAAAUUGAAUUUAGCUAAUGAAGCUGCUAAUGGCUAUAAAACAAUAGACACAGUACAUAGCGGCUGGUGUAGAUGAGUUAGCUUAGCUGUCCAUUCAAUUGUCAUGUAGUUGAUGCUGGAUUAAUACAUAAUAAUCCAUAUGUCUUUGACAAAGUUAUUGAUUGAAUUUAGUCAUUCUUACAAGCCCUUUCACCUAUGAUAUGGUGCAUUGUGUCAGUGGAAGGUUUCUACAACAUAAUGUUUGUACAUUUCCAGUUCUGCUGUUUAGCUUUAUAGCAUCUAAACAGUUAGGCCAGGGGUGUCAGGUUUUCUUUCUGCAGGUUUUCUUUCCAGACAGUCAUUAAAGCAGGUGAUUUUAAUGAUCAACACCUUCAGUUUGAGGGAAGGAACUCAUCAAAUAAAUCACCUGCUGAAGAAACUGGUUGGAGAGAAAACCUGCAGCGUCUCAGCCCUCCAGGGCACGAGUUUGACACAUAAUGGGGAGUGUUUUGGCUGCCAGCUCCCCCAGCCCACAGCCACCAGCCUCUGGAGGUGUGGCUGCACCUGGGUUGACAGUACCACGAGGUUUUGGGAUGCCAGCAGUGUCUCCAGUUUCACCCUCAACUGGUGUUACUUCAGUGCAGCCACAGGAAGUAGAAAGUCCUUUGCCUAAUCCUGGUACAUUUGAUGAAUGUCACCGCAAGUGCAAAGAGGUGUUCCCUAUGCAAAUGGACGGCGUCCGGCUAGUAGUUAAUAAGGGACUUAGCAACCACUUCCAGGUGAAUCACACUGUGCUGCUGAGCACUUCGGGGGAUUCCAGCUACAGGUUCGGUGCCACAUACGUCGGAGUGAAGCAGACGGGUCCAGCAGAGUUUUUUCCAGUCAUGGUGGGAGACAUGGACAACAUCGGCAGCCUCAACGCUCAGGUCAUCCACCAGAUCAGCAGCAGAAUACGAUCCAAAGUGGCCUUCCAGACACAGCAGCAUAAGUUUGUCAACUGGCAAGGCGAUGCAGAGUUCAAGGGGAAAGAUUUUACUGCGACCGUUACACUCGGAAACCCCGAUGUCCUUGUUCGCUCUGGGAUCGUCAUAACACAUUACCUCCAGUCCAUCACGCCUGCUCUGGCUCUGGGAGGGGAGCUGGUGUACCACCGCAGGCCGUCAGAAGAGGGUGCUGUGUUGUCUUUAGUGGGCAGGUACACAGGCCCCAACUACAUCGCCACGCUGACGCUCGGCUCGGCGGGGGCUCACGCCUCCUACUACCACAAAGCCAACGAGCAGUUGCAGCUGGGUGUGGAGUUUGAGGCAAGUGGCCGCAUGCAGGAUACCAGUGUGUCGUUUGGAUACCAGCUAGAUGUGCCCAAAGCCAAUUUACAGUUUAAAGGUUCGGUAGACACUGACUGGGUGGUCGGUGCGACUCUAGAAAAGAAGUUGCUCCCGCUGCCUCUCUCUCUGGUUCUCUGCUCCUUCCUCAACCACAACAAAAACAAGUUCCAGUGCGGUUUUGGCAUCACGAUUGGUUAAACUGGUUGGAUUGGGUGCGUGUUUAUUGGCCUCACAGGAUGGACUGACGUUGGAAGUCAAGUGUUUGACUUUUCAGCUCGUCUUAUCUGAACCGACCAUGCCACUAUUUUUAUGUUACUCCUGUUUGCUUGUUAUGUAAAAUGUAAUGUAUUCCACUAUGAAGGUGUAUAAGACACAUUUAUACAUGAUAUAAAUACCUUUUUUUUAAAUAUCUUUCCAAGGGAAUGGAAGUGUGAUGUGUCAUCUUUUUAUGUUGUAGGUGUAGCAGUAUAUUGACUGUAUAUACUUGUUAGAAACGGGA